UUCUGCAGCGGAACCGGCGAUCCGCCUCUCCAUAUAAGACCGGGACGUCGCGUGCAGCCCUCCACAAGUUCCAGGAUGAAUUUCUCUUCGGAUUCCCACUAUUUGGCCUCUUCUUACAGGAAGAUAUUCGGGGAGCCGCCCCGCUACUCCUCCCGUCUUGGCAGUUCGGCCGCAGCCAGCAGUUACCGGUCUCAGUCGGUAUCCCGCUGUAGCAACCGCGCCGUCUCGUACCGCUUGGCGCAGGCAGACACCUUGGAUCUCAGUCAGGCAGCGGCGGUGAAUGACGAAUUUCGGCUGACCCGCACCAAUGAGAAGGAGCAGCUGCAGGGACUCAACGACCGCUUCGCCGGCUACAUCGAGAAAGUGAGGCAGCUGGAGCAGCACAAUCGCCUCCUGGAGACCGAGCUGAGUGCACUGCGGCAGCGUCACGCCGAGCCCAGCGGCCUGGCCGAGCUCUUCCAGAGCGAGCUCCGCGAACUGAGGGCCCAACUGGACGAGACGGAGGCUGCCCGGGCGCAGGGGGCGCUCGAAAGGGAGCGGCUGGCCGAGGAAGUGCAGCUCUUACGGGCGCACUGCGAGGAGGAGGCGCGAGCCAAGGCGGAGGCCGAGCAGGCGUUGCGCGCGCAGCAGCGGGAGGUGGAUGGCGCCACCUUGGCGCGCAUGGCUCUGGAGAAGAAGGUGGAAGCGCUGCUCGACGAGCUGGCCUUCCUGCGCAAGGUCCACGCCGAGGAGGUGGCCGAGCUCAGCGUCUCCUUGCAGCCAACCCAAUUGACUGCCGUCGAGCCGGACGCCAAGGCCGAUCUGACUGCGGCGCUGAAGGAGCUACGCUCGCAAUACGAAUCCUUGUCCGCCAAGAACCUGCAGGCAGCCGACGAGUGGUACCGCGCUAAGUUCGCCAACCUCAGCGAGCAGGCGGCGCGCAACAACGAGGCCAUCCGAGCCAGCCGCGAGGAGAUCGGCGAGUACCGCCGCCAGCUGCAAGCCCGCACUUUGGAGGUGGAGAGCCUGCGCGGAGCCAACGAAUCCCUGGAGCGGCAGCUAAAUGAGAUGGAGGAGCGGUAUAACGCCGAGGCACUCGGCUUGCAGGAUACAAUUAGCCAAUUAGAAAGUGAUUUGAGAGACACAAAGAGUGAAAUGGCUCGGCAUCUGAGAGAAUACCAAGAUUUACUGAAUGUCAAAAUGGCCUUGGAUAUAGAGAUAGCAGCAUACAGGAAGCUGUUGGAGGGUGAGGAGACACGUUUUAGUACUUCAAGCAUGAACAUCUCAUCUCUGAAUCCCAUUUCCAAUCCUACUUACUCUUUCCAACCCAGGCUCUUUAGUUCAUCUGUAGCCAGCAGCUCUAAAAUGUCCUCUUUCUAUUUUAAGAAAGAUGAGAAAGAGGAAGCUAAAUUAGCCUCAAAAAUUUCAUCAAGCCAGGUAGGAGACCCCUUUGCUGAAAUGAUAGAGGAAACCAUAACAUCCACUAAAAAAACUGAAAGAACAAACUUGGAAGAAGGAAGCACUGACAAUCAAAAAAUGUAAUCAAUGACCUUAAAUAUAGAUACACACAAGGGGUAAGAAUAUAGCUUAAGUCUUUAAAUUGCCUAUACCUGAAUUAAGGUACUUACCCAGCUCACAUCAAUUUAAUUUUCUAAUGUUUCAUAGAUUAUUUCAACAGGAGCAUUAUGUUCAAUACUAUCAGAAACACAGAGGCUCAAAUAUUAAUUUAGAAAUACUCCAGUAAAUCUUAUUCGCCAAUUGUAUUGCUGUAAGGCAGACGUCUCCCAAUUGCUGAAUUAAAACACGUGCUAACACACACGCACACACAUAUAUUCUUACUAACUUAUGUUUCUGAUUGAUUUCUGCUGAGCACAACUUUCCAGUUGGGCAAAAUCUAGCAACUGAUUCCCAUCAGUGAAAUUAAGAUUAAUCCUUAUUGUCUGCCUUGUGAAAUAAAGAAACUAACAGAUUAAUUCAAUUAUUUAAUUUCCAGAUAAUGAACUUUACUCCAUUUUAGUCAUUCUGGACCACAGAGGUGUAAAAAAAUUCAAAUAUUUAUUUCACUUUGUGGUCUAUGCACGUUACAAGGAAAUACAAAAUUAUCUAGGAAUGUUAGGUAGAAAAUGCGAACAAGGUUUAGGAAGAGGAACAUCCCAAUCAUAAACUUGCUGUAUCACUGCAUAAAGAAAUCCUAUUAGCACAUUGUCAAGAGACACAUAAUACAUUUUUUAUCUCUAAGGUUACUCACAACUAUUUUCAGUAUGCCCAUCUUAAAAAAAUCUACAUGCUAUAGUCAAAUAAUUAGGAAUCUUAGGAUCCUGGUUAAGUGUUAGUUGAAUGCAUGUUUUUUGACCAUCUCUGUGAUUGUCUUAACAAUUCACUGCAAUGUCCAUUUUACCUUGUGCCAUAUUAGUAGCCAGCAAUUUUAAAAGUUGUUGUUGCUUAGAUUCAAUAGUGCCAGCUAUUAAAAAAUGAAAAGAAACACACGUUUUAGAAGUUAGCUUUAUAUAAAACAAAGCUAAAGGAAUGUAUUCCUAUAUUGUCUAGAAGCACAGUACAAAAGCUGAUUCAAAAGUAGCAAUUGUUGCUGUUUCUAUAAGGCACAAUCUACAACCUAAAACAGGGAUGUAUGUGUUAGUUAAUCAUUAGAAAAAAAUGUAGAUUUAUGCCAACUGCUUAUUUCUGUAUUAUGGAAAACAAUAUGGCUUCUAUAUAAGUUAUUGAGAUAUGGUUUCUUAAAUAAGAGAGGGACUUUUCCUAAAUGUAUUUUCUUACACACAUUCACUAUUGCACAAAUAAAAUGCACUAGUGAAUUUUGGUGGUUCUUCCAAUUUUGCUCUGACUGGUUAAGGUGCAUGUAAUUGUUCAGCCUUGCCAAUCAUAACUGAAAACCAUAUACAUGCACAACACACACAAAAACAUUUUUUUUAAAUAAACAAAUGGUGCUGAAAUCAGAUAAAUAAAAAUUCUUAUAUUUCCAAGAAGUAGCAGAUUCAGUUCAUGUUUCUGCAGCAAAUGACACGAGAAUCAACUUGGUUGGAAGAGACCAACAUAAAAUUAUCUAAACAAAUUUGAUAAUUCUGAUAAAUCGGAUUUCUAUCUCCUAUCAGAAUUUAACUUCACUAUGUAUCUCUAUCUGAACAUGUGCCAAGUUUUAUAUAGAAUACACUAUUAGAUUUUAUUUGAAUGCCUUAAAAUUGCCAGCAACUAAAUUGCUUUCUGCAGAAAUUCAAGACUGUAUUAUUUGAUGUCUUUGCACUGAUUCAUCCUGUCACAAAGUUUCAUAAUACAAAUCCUUGUCCUAUCUUGUGUCCCUCGAACUAAUACACUUUUCUUCUCUAAGGCACAAAUUAAUAAUAAAAAAUGUACCACUUUAGGCAGCCUGUUUGUCAUUUGUGAUAUUGUGAAUCUAAACUUUGGUAUUAAGAAUAUUAAAGCCAAUAAAUAUCUAAGUUUAUUUGUAUGGAAAGGACCAAUGACUAAAAGUGAAAGAAUGAAACCAUAAAAUGCUUUCAGUUAUAACCAUGUGUAAGAUUUCCAUAUUCCACACUGCUUUCAUAAUGACCCUGUAAGAUGAAUUUAUAUAUUUAUAUAUGCAUGUAUUUAAUCUUACAACUGGAAGACGAAUGCCACAGAAUGGCGGUGGGGGCAGAAUGGCCAUCAUUAUUUUGAUCUUGGAAGAAACUUCUGAAAAAUGUUUAAGAAUAUGCGAAGCAUGGAUAUAAAAGGAUUCUAAGUAAUUCUUGUGAUAAUAUGUUGGAAUUGUCUCAAUCUUAUGGAUUGAAUACUAGUAAGACAAAGGAGAUGGUGCUAGAUUUCUGGAAGCAGAGAGAGGAACCUGUCCCACUGUAUAUCAAGGGGGGCUGUGUGGAGAAGGUUUCCUCUUUAAAUUCUUGGGAGUGCUUAUUAGUCAAGAUCUCACCUGGAAAAAC